ACAUUCAGUUUUUCUUUAGUUGUCAUAAUAGUGCGAAAGUGGGAGUGUCGUUAAAAUAGACCGGAAACUAAAUAAACGCGAAGUUAAAUUAAAAAUGCCCGUAGAUUUAGAAUUUGAUUAUAAACAGUCCACUGCGUCGAUGGACAUAUUUUCUCAAAGCAGCAUAGAUGAACUAAGAGCUUGGACUGAAAAGUUAGAUAAAUCCAAAUAUGUGCCAAAAGAUUUAUCGGAUAAACAGAUUUUGUUGUUUUACAACGCUUGUUAUGGUGAUGUUGAAAGAACAAAGUCAUGUAUAGAAAAAUAUUAUUCUUGUAGGAAGAAUGCACCUGAAUUUUUUGACAAUCGAUAUCUCCAUUUGGAAGAUAUGAAAAACGCGCAACAAGUUUUAGAAUUCUCAUUUCUGCCAGGGAAGUCUUGCGAUGGCUACGAUAUCGUCUACCACAGGCUCCACGAUACAGAUCCGUCGAAAUACAGCCUUGAGACCGGAGUCAAACUGCUCUUCAUGACUUUAGAUGCCUGCCUUUACAAAAGAGGUCCAUCACCUGGUUUUAUAUUUCUAUUCGACAUGCGCGGUGUACGUUUUGGACACAUAACGAGAAUUAGUUUAUUCUGUCAAAAGGAAAGAAAAAGGUCGCUGCGUAAAUUCUUCAAUUACAUUCAGGAAGGCGUCCCGGUCCGUAUGCGGGCUAUCCACGUUCUGAACACCGAACCCGUUUUGGAUAAACUCAUAUUGUUGAUCAGGCCGUUUAUGGACAAAAAGUUUUUUGAUAUGAUAAAAUUCCACAACAAAACCGAAGACCUGGAAUCGUUUUACGAAACGGCAAUACCCAGGUCGUCCCUGCCACCGGACCACGGAGGAACGCUUCCCGACACCCAGACUCUGCACAAGAAAUGCAUGCAGCAACUCCAGCUCCUAGAGCCGUACUUCAAGGCUGAAGAGGAACAGAGAAUCGCCGCUCUGCCCGACAAGAAACGGGAGAAGGCGAUGGAGAAAGCCUUCAAGAAUCUAGAGAUAGAUUAAUUUGACAAUGUUUUGUAUAUGUUACGGUAAAUGUACGCUCUUGGGAAAUGUACAAUUUUACCGGUAAAUGUACACAUUGACCAAAAAGUUAGGUAUUACUGGUGGUAGGACCUCUUGUGAGUCCGCACAGGUAGGUACCACCACCUUGCCUAUUUUUGCCGUGAAGCAGUAAUCCGGUUUCGGUUUGAAGGCUAGGGCAGCCGUUGUAACUAUUCUGAGAUCUUAGAACUUAUAUCUCAAGGUGGGUGUCGCAUUUACGUCGUAGAUGUCUAUGGGCUCCAGUAAUCUCUUCACACCAGGUGGGCUGUGAGCUCGGCCACCCAACUAAGCAAUACAAAAAAUAAAAAAAGGUAUAUGUGAACUGAAUAUAAUGUAUAUGUACAUUUCCAGGUAAAUGUGUACUCUUGCCUUCGCGUUUUGGUAAAUGUAUACUCUUACCUUCAUGUUUUAAGAAAAGUUGGAAUCUAUAUAUUAAUACGUGAAGCAAAAACUUUGUAUCCCUUUUUACGAAAAUUGCACGGACGGAGGAGUAUGAAAUUUUCCACACUUAUAGAGAAUAUAGAGAAGAAGUGCACAAUGCUAAUAUUUUUUUAAAAUAAUGCAUAAAAUAUACAUUAAAUCAAUAAAGAAAACAUUACACACACUACAUACCAUGUAUUUGACGCACACACGCAUGCAUACUAUUUAUUGUCAAACUUUUGUUCUUAACGUCUGUUGUCAAAUUGAGAAUAGAUUAAAUAUUGUUUGUCUUUGUUAAUAUUUAUUGUUAAUAUUUUUUAUAGUGUAGUCUUGGCGAAAUUUGUGAUUAUAGAAGUAUAAAAUACAAUCAUAAUAGUGUACAAACUUACAAUUGCAAUUAAUUAUAGUCGAAUUUCGACUACUGCGGGACCUCUAGUACAAAUAAAUUAAUAAUGUUGUUGCAGUAAAAAAAUAUUUAUUUAAAUAAACAUAAUACAAAAGGCUUUAAUAAAGAAAAUUAUUUUUUAUUAAAAAAUGUAAAUGACAAACAAAACAUACUUUUCUUUGCAUAUUAUAUAAUAUGUCGUAGGUUAGGUUAGGUCACUUAUUGAUUUCGUAUUUUGUAUGUCAUGCUGACAUUUACCAAAACGACAUGGUCAUUGUGAAUUCUAUGUACAUUUUCCCUUCUUUGAAAUUGUAAAUGUUAGUUGAAUGCACAUUACCCAAACGAGGAGGUAAAUAUCCACAUUUACCGGAAAAUGCCAUGUACAUUUGCCGCAAUAUCUACUUUUACCGUGACAUAUAUAUCGCCCAACAAUAGCUACAACAAUAGCUAUUGCGCUUUGUAUUGAACUCUCUUCUUCCUUGCCUUGUCUAAGUGUUAAAUUUACUUAUCUUCAUAGUUAGAUAUUAAUGAGAAUCUCAUAAGGUCGAUAAUUCGGUGGUUGUCUAUUUUUAAUUUAAGCAUCAUUAUUUUUACCGAUUUAGGAUUUAUUUUUUCUUUUAUAACGAGAAAUACAUAGGAGAUAACAAAAAAAAACACAAUUACAUCUGAUACACGUGAAACUAAAUUUAAAAAAAAACUUGGUGCACGUGAAUGAAGUGAAACUUCUUUUUCUAUGUGUAGUAUUGUGGUUUUCUUCAUUUUGCGACAUCUUCAACAUUUAUAUUAUAUAUAUAUUUUAAAUUAUAAAUAGAAAAAUAAAAAUAUAUUAUAUAUUCUUUAAAUGCUUCAUUGAAUUAAUGGAUGCUACUCGUUGCUAACGCUGGCGCUGUAGCAGGUUCACUCUCGCUCUGUCUCUUUCUAUUCCCCCUCCACCGGACCGUUAAACGUUUAACGCAACCUUGCUGGAAGUCGCAUUAGAAGUUUCACUUCAAUUAUUUAAUUAAAACUACUUUAUGAUUUAGUCGUCCGUCUGUCCACGGAAACUGUAAGGUGCUCGUAUGAACGUCGGAGAUAAUGAAAUGACUAUAAAGAAACGCGAUAUUAAACCGUAAAAAUAAUUCUAUGUUAUGUCUAUGAACCGCGAAAACCGAAUAAAAUAUUUCACUAACACAAUAUAGGUAUAUAAUAUGAAGUCGUCGUGGCCUAAAGGAUAAGACGUCCGGUGCAUUCGUAUGAAGCGAUGCAUCGGUGUUCGAUUCCCGCAGGCGGGUACCAAUUUUUCUAAUGAAAUACGUACUUGACAAAUGUUCACGAUUUACUUCCACGGUGAAGGAAUAAUAUCGUGUAAUAAAAAUGAAACCCGCAAAAUUAUAAUUUGCGUAAUUACUGGUGGUAGGUCCUCUUGUGAGUCCGCACGGGUAGGUACCACUAUCCUGCCUAUUUCAGCCGUGAAGCCGUAAUGUGUUUCGGUUUGAAGGGUGGGGCAGCCGUUGUAACUAUACUGAGACCUUAGAACUUAUAUCUCAAAGUGGGUGGCGCAUUUACAUUGUGGAUGUCUAUGGGCUCCAGUAACCACUUAACACCAGGUGGGCUGUUUGCUCGUCCACCCAUCUAAGAAAAAUAAAAAAAGUAACAGCCAGCCUUAGUGUAGCUUCCUUCUAGCGUUUGGAGAUUUGUGAUGAUAUUCUUCUUUAAUGGAAUAUUAUGUUAAUUACCACUACGGAGCGACUAAACUAGGACCAUGACGUACAAACUAAAAGAAUUAAUCUUUGUAAUAAAUUCAAUAAAAAAAAAACUGUUCGAUUUAAAACUCACACGCUUGGGUUAUGACAUUCUAUCUAUUUAUUUAUUGAGACAUUCGUCACAACAUUGUCUGAGUAGAGAGCCGUAUUACUAAUAAUACUCGUAGUAUUCUAUUGAACAGCAUAGUAUAGUAUAGUAUACAUUUCUAUAGUAGCUUCCACCUCACGUUACAAGGCAGGUGACUAUUAGUAAUAUUUAUAUUAGCUAUUCCUUUAUGAAAAUAACUUUUAAAAUAUAUUUACUGGUUUAUUUGAAAAUUAUGUAGUACUUAAUUGUUGUAAUACAUAUUAUUAUUUAAAAAAAUAAGUAAAUAUAAUACAUAAAAUACAUAAAACGUGUAGCACAUUGUAUGACAAAAAAAAAAACUCAGGGACCUGAUUAUUGUGAAAUGGUAGAAUAAAGUAGUUUAUUUUGUGCUCUGGCAUCACUGACAUGACAAGUAUUGCAUCGCUUAGCUAAAUAAUAAAAAAUGUUAUAAUAAAAUUCGUUUAAAAAACGGUAAAGUUUGUUAAUGAUAAUAAUUGUACUGAUAAGCAUUACUCAUACAUAGUCGAAAUUUUUUUAUUAAAAAGUAAUAUUCGAUUUUUAUGAUUGUUGUUAUUCAAACAAAUUUAAAUACCGUCCGCAUCUGACCGAAGUCAUUGUAUCAUAUUUCUUUGCUGUUUCGUUAAUAUCGUAUAGGUAAAAAUUAAAUAUUUUCCACUUAGUUCUAAAUAAAUCUUGUUAUUUAUCUAUGUCUCAAUAAAAAAAAAAACUACUAUAGGUGGUGGUUGUAUUAGAACUUAUAUAUUAUAUUAGAACUUAUAUAUAUUUAAAUUAGUACUAAAGGUACAAUGUAUUAGAAGUGUAGGUAUCCAUCACGUUUUUUUUUACUUAAUUUGUGAUAAUUGUUGUGGUGUAAAAUUAUUUGUUUGGUUCAAGGAACCGUCGCUAUGUGAUUUUAGAUUAAAAUAAAAUGAACAAAAGAAA